AUGACACGAGUUCUACUCACAGGAGGAAGCGGCUUCAUUGCUGCGCAUACCCUUGAUAUUCUCCUAGACCAUGGCCACAGUGUAGUUACUACGGUGCGCACCCAGGAGAAGGCGGACAAGAUCAAGGAGUCGUACAAGAGUGCGGUCGACAAGGGCCAAUUGAGUUUCGCAAUUGUGCCAGACAUUGCUCAGCCAGACGCUUUCGAGAAAGCUGUCAUCUCAGACCCUCCAUUCGAGGCUGUACUUCAUACUGCCAGUCCGUUCCACUUCAAUGUUACGGAUGUACAAAAAGAUUUGAUUGACCCUGCUGUCAUUGGAACAACUGGAAUCUUGAAGUCGAUCAAGAAGAGUGCACCCUCCGUCAAGAAUGUCGUCAUCACAUCCUCGUUCGCUGCCAUCGUAAACGGAAGCAAAGGCUUCUGGCCGGGACACUCUUACUCAGAGGACGACUGGAACCCGAUCACACAAGAAGAGGCGCAGGAGAACCCGAUGAUGGGAUACAGAGCGAGUAAGACGUUCGCCGAGAACGCGGCGUGGGAGUUUGUCAAGAACGAGAAGCCCAACUUCUCCAUUUCUACCAUCAACCCACCGAUGGUCCAUGCUCUUGACAGUCUUGAAAACAUGAACACCUCCAACCAGCGCAUCCUAUCGGCGGCACAGGGCAAGUUCAAGAACGAAAUCCCUCCUAGUGGUGUACAUCUGUGGGUAGACGUUCGUGACGUUGCAGAGGCACACGUAGCCGCGUUUGAGAAGCCAGACGCUGCCAACAAGCGCUUCUUCGUCACAGCCGGAUACUUCUCCAACAAGGAGCUAUGCCAGAUCAUCAAGAAGAACUUCCCUGAAUUCAAGGAUCUGCCGAGCGACGAGACACCCGGCGGCGACUACCCAGAAGGCACGCCUGAGAAGGGCUUAUACGGGUACAACAACAAGCGCUCCAUUGACAUCCUCGGUCUGAAGUACAAGACCUUCGAGCAGUCGAUUGUCGACUCUGUCAAGUCUUUCCAGAAGAAGGGGUUGUAG